UCAGCAGUUUUGGUAACUGCAGGAAUUGGGGGAGAAGGAUUGCUUGAGAAUCAGGCAGAAAAAGAGAGAGAUAACUUAAAGUUGUCCAAAAUGGGAAAUAAAAUCAGCAUGGAGAAUUAAAGGAAACACACUAAAUCACGCUGUUUGCUGUUUUAGUUUAUGCUUUCUAGCUAGGCUUCGCAUUUUUAAUUUAGAUUUCUUUUAAUUUUUGGUUUUGUAAACAACUUGUUGCACAGUGUUACCCUUGAUGUUAUUGCCUGCAUACUUUUAACUGUCUCCUGCUUUGUUUUUAGACGUGUUGUUUAUUUAGGGUUUUAUCUUAUUAGUUUUCGGAUUGUAUUUUGAAAAUGUUUGGCACCAGUCAGAGGACUGUGACGGGGGAUAGUAUCCAGAACCAGGAAAAUUCGCUUUCAAGACGAAGAGAAGCUGAAAAACAACUUUUAGAAAACCAAGAAAAUAUGAAUCCCAAAACCUCAAACAGGACCGUUUUGGGAGUUUUGCAGAAUAACCAGCGCAGCAGCAGAGUCCAGUCACUACGCGCCACAAAACAGGUUGCUUUAGCACAGGCUGCCUCCUGCAAUGAUGAGAACUUUAGCCAGGUGCCUGCUGACAAAGUGGGAGCAAAACAGCCUGCUUUUACAAUCCAUGUGGAUGAGCCUGAUGGUGCCUGCAGUAAGAGACAAAAUGUCUUGCCAGUGAAACCCGAGUCAGAUGAACCUCUUACACUUAACCCAUCCGUGACAUCCCUUGUGACCCGGCAGCCACUUUCUACGAUUGAAUGUUCUAUGGAUGUCAGCUAUGACUCUCCCAUGGUUCUGGACAUGUCUGUUAAUGAAGCAGAAGAAAAGAAAUCCAUUGUAAACAAAGUCCCAGAUUAUGCAUUGGACAUCCACAAAUAUUUACGAGAAAUGGAGGUGAAGUCCAGGCCAAAGGCAGGUUAUAUGAAGAAACAGCCAGACAUAACUAAUAGCAUGCGAGCCAUUCUUGUGGACUGGUUGGUAGAAGUUGGGGAGGAAUACAAGCUACAAAAUGAGACUCUCUACCUGGCUGUUAACUACAUUGACAGAUUCCUGUCAUCCAUGUCUGUCCUUCGAGGGAAACUGCAGCUUGUCGGUACAGCUGCUAUGCUUCUAGCAUCAAAAUUUGAAGAGAUCUACCCACCAGAAGUGGCAGAGUUUGUCUACAUUACAGAUGACACUUAUACCAAGAAGCAGGUUCUAAGGAUGGAGCAUCUUAUUUUGAAAGUCCUUUCUUUUGAUCUUGCUGCGCCAACGAUAAACCAGUUUCUUACGCAAUACUUUCUGCAUCAGCAAGCGAACAGUAAAGUGGAAAGCUUGUCAAUGUUCCUAGGAGAAUUAAGCAUGGUAGACUCUGACCCUUUCCUGAAGUACCUGCCAUCUAUCACUGCAGCUGCAGCAUUUGUUUUAGCAAAUUUUACAAUUACAGGAGCUACUUGGCCAGAGUCCUUGGUUGAAUUGACUGGCUACACUCUGGAAACCCUUGAGCCUUGCAUAAUGGACUUGUAUCAAACCUACCUCUGUGCACCACACCAUGGACAGCAAUCUGUACAGGAGAAAUACAAGGGUGCAAAGUACCAUGGAGUGUCUCUUAUUGAGCCACCAGAGAAAUUGACCCUGAUUGAAGACUUGCCAUUUAUUUUAUUGUAAUUCCAUGCAGACAUAUUUAGGACUUCUGUUCUGCAGUUUUAUUUUAAUUUCUUUUUUUAUAUUUUUUUAUACCAAUGUCACAACCUGAAGACCAUAUUGCUUACUGGUAAUUGUAUUGUGAUUUACUAAGAUGAAUAGGAGUGACUUGUUUCUAAGACCACUUUAAAACGUGCAAUUCUACAGAAGCUCAUUAACAUCCCAAAAAGACAUGUAUUCAUCUCAUUACAAGAUUAAUAUUGGGUUAUUUUGCAAUUGCAUUGUCAAGAUGGUUUUCAGCAGCGAUGGAUGUUGGUGUAACAGAAGUGAAGUGCAGCUGGACAGUGAAGCGGUGAAGGAUCUCCAUUAGUUCUGUUAAUGUGUGAGAAUGCACUUGCAAUGGUGUCAGUAUGUGAGGGGGGGGGGGAUGACACGCGUUGAGUUAUGUAACUUGUUUUAGUUUGAACAAUGUAAUGCAUAAUAUUGCUACUGCAGAAACUUAAUGCACAUUUUAAUUAAGCCGAUUUUAUGACCUAGAGACCAAGUAGAAGCAUACUGUAUUUAAUGAAACUAGUACAACCUAUUUAUUGUAUAGGUAAGACACUCAAUCUGUACUUUUGUACUAGUUUUAUCAUAAAGUGCAACCCUUUUUAAAGCAAAAUGAAGAGACUGAAUGGGAACAAACAAGAGUGGUGUGAAUUACCAAAACCUAUGCUGCAAAAUAAUGCAAUAUUCCCUUGUAAUAAUGCAAUACAUAUUUCUUUGGUGCCAAUUAGCUUCCAUACAAAUUCUCUCUCCUCUUGUAAGCAUUUAAUAAUGUUAAGAAUGUGUAUUCUAGUUAAUCCAAUUCAAACAUUAGGUUUUAAACUGCAAAAUAAAAGUUUUAAAUAAGAGUUUUGUUAAAGUUUUACUAUUGGAUUGUCCCCUUUUGGAAAAAACCCAACUACUGUAUAUUGAUUAACUUACCUCCGAUGACUGCAGAACAGAAAACCAUUUUCUCAUCUUGCAAAUAUCCACGGUAUUUGUUUAUAAUCACAAUGACCUGAAAUGUUUUGGAUAAUGGAUGUGUAAUUGAUUUUAUAUAUAUACGGUAUAAUGAUGCAUGCAAAUUACAAUAUGAUCAGUUCUAGAAA